AUGGAACCCUUGAAAUUUUGGUGCUGUAGCUUGGCAGUGCAAUCUGUGGGAGAAGGGGAGAGUGGUUUUGGAUGCAAGAUGUACAAGGGAGUUCAGUUUCUGUGCCAGAGAGAUGCAGGGAAGUUGCUUAUGCUGGUGGGAGCAACUUUCGUUAUAGUUAUGGUGGUUCAGUAUUUUGAAAUCCCAUCAAUUGGAGCUUUCACUUCCCUAUUCCUCGGCAAUGCUGUGAGAAAUGAUGGCUUGGUCGAUUCGAAUCAUAAUGCUUCGAACCCACUUGAGAGAGGAGCUAUGCCACCACUCGACAUUGCGUUGAAACCGGGUAAAAAUGGCAGCUUUGUUAAGCCUGAUCUAGGUGUCGUCCGACCAUCUGCAUCACCACUAGCAAAUGCAAAACCAGCGAGUCCGCCCUUGAUUUCUCCUUCGAGCUUAAACAUCUCGCCCAAUACCAAAGAUCAUGCAGCAAUUGGGCUUAGCAAGGAUGCCACUUCGCAGUUGUCGUCAUUGAGUAAGCCUGAUCAAGCUUCUCUCUCACAAUCUGCGUCACCACCACCAUUGAAUGCAACUACAGUGAGCUCAUCGAUUUCUCCUUCGAGGUUAAACAUCUCAUCGAAUACCAAAGAUCAUGCAGCAAUUGGGCCUAACAAGGAUGCCAAUUCUGGGUUGUUGUUAAAUAAUAACUCAUCGUCUGUGACUGUAAAUAGUUCUGCACAAGCAGCUUCUGCAAAGAGAAACCAGAAGUAUAAGCCACCAUCCAAAGUUGUACCUAUAUCAGAGAUGAACAUCAUGUUACAUCAGAGAUACGCUUCAUCAUCAUCUUCCAUGAUACCCCAUUGGCCAUCAGAGGUUGACAAAGAUAUGCUCCAUGCGAGAUCAGAAAUUGAGAAAGCAGGUGGAAUUGGGGAUGAUAUAGAUCUCUAUGCACCUCUCUACCGCAAUGUUUCUAUGUUCAAAAGGAGCUAUGAACUGAUGGAGAGGUUGCUCAAAGUGUAUGUGUACCAGGAAGGCGAAAAGCCCAUCUUCCAUGAGUAUUUACUCAAUGGUAUAUACGCUUCUGAAGGAUGGUUUAUGAAGCUCAUGGAGAACAAUCAACAUUUCGUCACCAAAGACCCCAGUAAAGCUCACUUGUUCUACAUUCCAUUCAGCUCGCGACUUCUGGAGUUGAAGCUCUACGUCAGAAAGUCCCACAGUCGAGAAAACCUUGUUGAGUACAUGAAGAACUUUGUGGACAUGUUGGGCGUGAAAUAUCCUUACUGGAAUAGAACUGAUGGCACUGAUCAUUUCGUUGCUGCCUGCCAUGACUGGGCACCAGCUGAGACGAGGGGACGAAUGCUGAAGUCUAUCAGAGCCCUCUGCAAUGCUGACCUCGAAGUGGGUUUCGACGUUGGCAAAGAUGUCUCCCUACCCGAAACCUACGUGAGGUCAGCAGAGAAUCCUCUCAAGAACUUAGAACCGAACCUGCCAUCAGCCUCCGAGAGACACGUCCUUGCGUUCUUUGCAGGCGGCAUCCAUGGCUACCUCCGUCCGAUCCUGCUCUCCCACUGGGAGAACAAAGACCCCGACAUGAGGAUCACGGGCCCACUGCCUCACGUUCGAGGCAGCAGGAACUACAUCGAGCUCAUGAAGAGCAGCAAGUUCUGCGUAUGCCCACGAGGGUUCGAAGUGAACAGCCCGAGGAUCGUGGAAUCGAUAUUCUUCGAGUGCGUUCCGGUGAUCAUAUCGGACAACUUCGUGCCCCCGUUCUUCGAUGUCUUGGACUGGGAAUCUUUCGCCGUGUUUGUGCUGGAGAAGGACAUCCCCGAGUUGAAGAAGAUACUGCUGGCGAUAUCCGACGAGAGGUACAGAGAGAUGCACAAGAGGGUGAAGAUGGUGCAGAGGCAUUUCCUUUGGCAUCACCAGCCUGUGAAGUAUGAUCUGUUCCACAUGGUUCUUCACUCUGUAUGGUAUAACAGAGUCUUUCAGAUGAGAAUGUGA